GUGGCACCGUAUCGUCUCUCGUCAGUGGAGUCUUGGCGCUCGGCGAUCGCGGACGAGCCAAGACUUUGUAUUUCUGUAUAUUUCGAGGCUGACGGUGUGAAAGAAAAUAAUCAAGUAUUUGUUUUCGAUCGGCUACAAAUAUAUAAAUAUAUAUAGAGAUCGUUCCAUCGUGCGUAACUAUACGAUUUUUAAAUAACAUUUCUUCUGUGCGCGUAUCUAAUAUAUGGCGCUCCAAAGUAUCACGUGACAUAUGACAGCUGAUCGAACAGCUGAGAGAACUUAGACGCGGUAUUUUUUCGAUAGGGUGUAUCUCUACCACAUCUCGUUUGAUAAUACAUUUUUCUGAAGUGUUCUUAUUUUUUUUUUGUUUUUUGUUUUCUCUUUUUUUUCUAUCGUUCGAUAAAUGUUUCUUUCAAUAAAGUUCGAAUCAACGAUCAUAAAAUCGUGAUUCCUAUGCUAAGAUCUGAACAAUGGAAGAAGGAAGAAGGUUUUGGAAGAGGCUCGAUGCUUCGUUACUUUCAAGGAUAUCAAUGAGGCGAGUGUUGGAUUAAAAUCAAACGGUGACGUAAAUGGAUGAUGGAAAUGGUGAAGGAAAAGCCACGAAGACGUAGCGUGAGCGAACUGCUCGAUUGGAGAUCCAUUACAGGAUUGAAAGGUGGUGCUGCUAAUUCCGAGAACAAUGAUACGGAUGGAAUGUUUUUUGAGGACUAUGAUAAAAGUCCGGAAACCAGACGAAGAAAACGUUCUGGCACUUGGCCGAGAACGAGAAGCUUAAACGCACCAAGUCCAAUACAACAAUUUGGACCAUGUGGGCGUAUAAUGAAAAACUCGGCCAUGGUCAUGACUAUCCAGGAUCCAGCUUCGCAGAGGUUGACUUGGUACAAACCUCCGCUCACUGUCCUCGUAAUAAAAAAGGUCCGUGAUUCGUCGGUACUACCACCGUUUGUUCAGUUGGUAACAUGGUUGAUAGAAGAAAAACGUAUGGUCGUAUUCGUGGAAGCAACUGUACUUGAGGAUUCGGCUUUGGCUCGAGAUCUAAGAUUUCAAGGGGUUCGAGAUAGAUUACAAACCUUCCGUGAUGGAACGGAUGAUCUACAGGAUAGAAUCGAUUUUAUAAUAUGUUUGGGCGGUGAUGGCACGCUACUCUAUGCCAGUCUUCUCUUCCAACAAUCUGUGCCACCUGUAAUGGCAUUUCAUCUCGGUUCCUUGGGUUUUCUUACACCCUUUGAGUUCGACAAUUUUCAAGAACAAGUUACAAACGUACUUGAAGGUCAUGCGGCCUUGACCCUCCGCAGCCGUUUAAGAUGUAUUAUUAUGCGAAAAGGUGAGGAAGGUCAGCCAGCAAAAUCACCGACGAAUUUGUUGGUGUUGAACGAAGUUGUCGUAGAUCGAGGACCUUCGCCGUAUCUUUCAAACAUCGACCUAUUCAUUGAUGGCAAACAUGUAACUAGCGUUCAGGGUGAUGGCCUGAUCGUUAGUACACCAACCGGAUCUACGGCUUACGCGGUAGCUGCAGGAGCUAGUAUGAUCCAUCCUUCAGUACCUGCGAUCAUGAUUACACCAAUCUGUCCUCAUUCGUUAUCAUUCAGACCAAUUGUUGUACCAGCUGGUGUCGAACUAAAGAUAUCCGUCUCACCAGACAGCAGAAAUACUUCGUGGGUCUCGUUUGACGGUAGAAAUAGACAAGAGCUCUUUCACGGUGACAGUUUACGAGUCACUACAUCUAUAUAUCCUGUACCUAGUAUUUGCGCAGCCGAUCAAAUAACGGAUUGGUUCGAUUCUCUCGCUGAGUGUUUACACUGGAACGUUAGGAAGAGGCAAAAGCACUUGGACGAAUUGAGUGACUUGACUCAUUCAUCUAGCAAUGAUACCCUUGACUCUUUGGAUCGCGAUAGUUAGGCAAAAAUAUGUAUUUUAAAGGUAAAACAAAAUCAGCACAAUUGGUAAUAUCAAACGAGUCCAAAAGAUUUUGUGCGAGUGCCUCAAAAGUGAUAAAAACAUGGAAGUUAAUCUAUAUACUGGAUAACGAAUUUUGUUCUAUAUCAUCGUGAGAAAUCAUUAGAACUUCUUAUACCAGUUGAAAUCUAUUAUUAAUAGAUAUUUUAUUAUCAAGGAUCAAACGUACAUACGUUGGAAGAUAGAAAUCAUAGUUUUUGUUUGGCUAUUCUCUCUUUUUUUUUUUUUGUUAUUAUCCUAGACUGACUAUGUAUAUCUAAGAGUGAAGUGUUUCUAUUUUCAAACAUUAUAUCAACGUCGCUUUAUAAAUCAAUGACGACAAACCAGAAACCGUUAUUCGAAUUUUAUAUUAUACCUAAAAUGACUGAAAUAAACGAAGCUGGAUUGCACACAACAUCAUAUGAUAGUACUAAUACACAAAUGAAGAUGACACUCAACAGUUGUACUAAUUCCAAUUACGUUUAAACAUCAAUGUUUAUUGCGAACUUACCAAAAUAAUUGGAAAUAUGAUGAGAAUCAUCGGAAUUUGAUUAAAAAGAAAAAUUGAAUAUGAUUAAAGAAUAAUUCUAACUAUGUAAUUUCAUUGAUUACGUACACUUAGGAUGAUCAUGUUCUUUGGAUUGUUUAUAAUUAAAAAUAAUCUUCGUUAAACAAAAUGAAUGAUAGAAUUAUAUUUAGUGUCAUCUAGUGGGGAAAAUCUUCAAUUAAAGUUGUUUUUUGAAAGUUAGUUUGGUAAUCGACAGAUAAUGCUAAAUAUUAAUUCUUUAUCAAUCGUUAACGAUUCGUAUCAUUGUGGUCAUGUACUAUUGUAGUCAAGAUCUUAAAUGUAAUCAAUGAAAUCAUAUAAAAUCUCAUUUGAUUUAAUCAUAAACAUUUGCUUUUUUUUUUUAAUAUUAAAUAUUUAUAAUAAUAUUAUAAUAUUAAAUUUGUAUAAAUAAUUUUCUCUCUGUCUAAAGUCAAAUAACUCUUUAUAGAAAUUCGAGAAUCAUUUAUUCAUCAUUAACGUUAUUUAUAAAAUCUUCGUGUAUUUAAUUUCUUCCUUUUUUUUUUCAUGACCCAGUUUACCGAAACGAUUUCUAGUUUUUUAUUUUUUAUUUUUUAUUUCAAUGUAUUUAAAAUUAAUACUUUUUAUUUCUCGUUCGUAAUACAGCAAAUAUUUUAUUCCUUUCGUUUUUAUUAAUAGACGAAAAAAUUGGCGAUAGAUUCGCUCGUAAUGAGGAUCGUCAAGGUUUAUAAUUAAAUCCUCGUAAGAAAAGAAAAGUAUUAUAAUAUUAAUUAUUUGUAAUUAAUUCAUUAUUAUUAUGUUUCAAACGUAAUUGUGCUCGAUUAAAAUUCUCAAAUUUUCUUUUUCUUUUUUUUUCUUUUUUCUUCCUUUUCUUUCUGUCAUUCAACGUUGCAUUUCCAGCUUUCGUCGAUUGUCGGUGCAAAUUUUGAGAUCCAUUUCGUCGAACUUAAAAUGACGAUCAAAGCGUAAAAAAGUACGUUUAAUCCAUGUGAGAGAGGGAGAGAGAGAGAGAGAGAGAGAGAGAGAGAGAGAUGGUAAAUGAGCUAGAAUAAAUUAAUUUGUUAAUGUUAAUAACAAACUUUUCCUAUGAAUGUAAGUCUUUUUAAUAAAACCAUUUUUUGUACAGAAA